UAGGGUUGCAUGGGGAAGGGGAACAGAAAGGGGAAAUGAUGGAUGAUAACCUGCUUUUCUCUCGUUCCUCCCACUUGCAGAAAAAAAGGAGGGCAGCCACGGCCCGUCGGCAGCACCUGAAGAGUGCUAUGCUCCAGCUUGCUGCCACUGAAAUAGAAAAAGAAGCAGCUGCUAAAGAAGUGGAAAAGCAAAACUACUUGGCAGAGCACUGCCCUCCUCUGUCGCUCCCAGGAUCCAUGCAAGAACUUCAGGAACUGUGCAAAAAGCUUCAUGCCAAGAUAGAGUCAGUGGAUGAGGAGAGAUAUGACACAGAGGUGAAGCUACAGAAGACUAACAAGGAGCUGGAAGACUUGAGCCAGAAGCUCUUUGACCUGCGGGGCAAGUUCAAGAGGCCUCCUCUGCGCAGGGUGCGCAUGUCUGCUGAUGCGAUGCUGCGAGCCCUGCUGGGCUCCAAGCACAAGGUCUGCAUGGACCUCCGAGCCAACCUGAAACAAGUCAAGAAGGAGGACACUGAGAAGGAGAAGGACCUCCGUGAUGUUGGUGAUUGGAGGAAGAACAUCGAGGAGAAGUCCGGCAUGGAGGGCAGGAAGAAGAUGUUUGAGGCUGGCGAGUCCUAAGUGCCUAUGUCUCCAUGCCCCUCCUCCACCCCCUCCUCUCCCCGCCAUCCUCCCAGACUCAGCAGCACCAACUGGGUGCUGCUUCUCUCUGGUUUUGUGAAGAGCUGCAUCCUGGCAGCAGCAGUGUAAAUAAAGCUUUGGUGGGAGAGGUGGAUGUCACCUGUGCGCGGAA